AUGGGUGACAGCGACGCUGGGAGCGCCGACGGGGCCCCCCGAAAAGGGACCCCUCCCAAGGGGGCGGGGGAGGUGCCCAGCGCAGAGGAGAUGGACGCGACCGAGAUCGUGGAGGCGGAAGGGGGCGGGGCUGCUGAAGGUAGGCCGCCCGCGGGGGCCGCAGCAGCCCAGCGGUACGACCAUGAGGCGGCCCCGGCAGGUGGUGGCGACGAGAUGGAGUGCGAGGCCGGCGAGCAGGAGGAGGGGCCGGGCGGCGAGGUGGAUGACCGGCCGUGCGACCACAAGGGGGGCCGGGCCGGCGACCAGAUGGCCUGCGGAGAUGACGAGGGCGAGGGCGGCAACCUGGCGUCUCCGGUGCUCAUAACGCGGCCUUCAUCAUCGAAGGGGAACAAGGGACCGCUGGUGUGCCAGGUGCAAGGCUGCAACCGGGAUUUAUCACAGGAGAAGAAAUACUACAAGCGGUACCGGGUGUGCAUGGACCACCUCAAGAUGCAGGCAAUCUGCGUGGAUGGGAAGCUGCAGCGCUUCUGCCAGCAAUGCGGGCGCUUCCACGACCUUUCGCACUUUGACGGGGACAAGAGGAACUGCAGGGAGAGGCUGAACCAGCACAACCGGCGGCGUCGGAAGAGCAAGCGGGGCGCAGCCAGCACCGGGGCCGCGGGGAGCGACGGGUCUUGGGAUGAUGCGUCCCCACUGUCCCCGGUGUCUGGCAGGAUCGUGAAAGUGCCCAGAGGCCGAAGGAGCCGCAGGCAGAUGCCGUUCGGAAGGUAUCCCGGUUCCCUUUGGGUAUGCGAUGACACCAACGUGGAUAGCACAGAGGAAGCCGUUGCAUGCAAGGAUACUGUGCUGGGAGAGGCUGUGCGAGCUCAUGCCUAUCGGUCGUCUAGCGCAGGGCGAGAGUCUUCCCAAAAUCAAGACCAUCCACAGUCGCGUUUUGGAGUUCAUGGCUCAUCUGGAUUCCAGAGGUCUCAAGUUCAGGUUGGGGGUGCUCGGAGCGCAUUCAAGACACUGAUCAAAGGGGAAGAUGGACAGAACAUUGUUGCAUCGAUACCAAAGUCGCAGGGUGCAUUGGAGGCCGCGUGUGGCAGUGCGGGGAUUGACUACCAGGUAGUACUUGAUCAGAUCGUGCCCACAGAUGCAGACGGGCUUGUUAGUGGAGAUGUCAGAGGUGCCCAGGAUGUUGAGCAGGCUGAUGCUCUUCUGAGGGCAAAGGCAGAGGCUGUCACACCUGGGCAGCCGCAGCAACCUCUGUCCAAGGGCCAGAGCCCUGUUGCAACGGUUCCCAUCAUCCUCAUCCCUGCAGCAUCAGCUGCCCAGCUCGUGCAGGGCCUACAGGUGGGAGGGGGAGGCACCGUGGCUUUGAUACCUACAAAUGACAACAACGCUAUUGGCUUGACGAGUCAGGACGUGACAUCACCAGUGCAGCAGCAACUGCAGGCAGCCCUGGCUCACAGCUUGGCCCCAUCUGGCACAGCUCUGCAGGGCUUGGGAUCGAACAUGCCAGUCAUUGUGCAGUCUGCUCCUUCCAUCGUGCCCUCCCUUCCUUGCCAGCAGAAGACACCUGUGGAUGUAGGUGUGGGUCACUCUGAGGCCCUCGCAAGGCCCAUCGCCAACUCGCCAUAUGCCAUCACAUUGGCGCUGCAGUCUGGCGUUCCCAUGUGCCAGAAGCCUACAACAGAUGCCCUGACAGCAGCGGCAGCUCUACAUGGCUCCCACAUGAGCCCUUCCCACGUCAAUGAACUCAAGAGGUUGGUGGUCUCGGGCACUCAAGGGGGUCAGUUUGGCGGACUAUCACAGGUUAUGGUGACACCUGGUGGUGUGGCGAAUCAAGGCAUGGAUAUCGGCACCCUUGGAGGGUCCCCGCACAUUCUACAGGCUGCUGUGAAUCUCCCCCAGCAGCGCGUUGUUGCAUUGGACAAGGCGACCAACCAGUACAUGAUGACUGUCUUGCCUGCGGAAGGGGGCAAUGUACACCUCAGCCAUGCAAAGUGA